AUGCCACCCUCCCAUGAAGUGUUUGUGGGCAGCAUUGACCAGGGAACCACGAGUUCGCGAUUUUUGAUCUUUGACAAAGCCGGCGAGCCGGUCGCCGUGCAUCAGGAAGAAUUCAGUCAGAUCUAUCCCAACCCAGGCUGGCACGAACAUGACCCGGAUGAGAUCGUAAAGUCGGUGGAGAAUUGCAUUGAAGCUGCGAUUAAGGAGUUUGAGAAGCAAGGCCACAAGAAGGAGAGCAUCAAGUCGAUUGGUAUCACGAAUCAGCGGGAGACCACCGUAUGCUGGGACAUCAAGACUGGUGAACCUCUCCAUAACGCCAUUGUCUGGACAGAUACGAGGACUGCGGCUCUUGUUCGUGAGCUCAAAGCUCGCCCCGGCAGUGACAAGCUGACUGACAUCUGCGGUCUGCCGCUUUCCACAUAUCCAUCCGUGACGAAAUUGCUAUGGCUGCUGAAGAAUGAGGAGAAAGUGCGCAAAGCAUAUGAAGCAGGCAAUCUGGCAUUUGGCACAAUCGAUGCCUGGCUCAUAUACAAGCUCAAUGGCGGACCCCAGGGCAACGUCUUCGUCUCUGACCCCACCAACGCCAGCAGGACCAUGUUCAUGGACCUCUUCAAGCUGAAGUACGACGACCAACUCCUCGACUUCUUCUCCUACGAAUUCGAUCUGCGAAAAGUCCACAUGCCAGAGAUCGUCAAGUCAGCAGACAGCAAAGCUUUCGGACAGCUUACAUCAGGCCCACUUAAAGGCUUCCCCAUCGCUGGAUGUCUCGGAGACCAAUCUGCAGCACUGGUUGGACAGAAAGGUUUCCAGCCCGGUGAGGCGAAGAACACUUACGGAACGGGAUGCUUCCUGCUUUAUAAUGUCGGUGAGAAGCCUGUCAUCUCUACGCAUGGGUUGCUUGCCACCGUCGCCUACAACUUCGAUGGCAAACCCGUGUAUGCGCUUGAAGGCAGCAUUGCCGUCGCCGGUAGCGGCGUGAAAUUCCUCAUGCACAAUCUCGGAUUUAGUCAUGCGAGUCAUAAAAUUACGGAAUUGGCCGAGACGGUCAAGGAUAAUGGGGGUUUGGUCUUCGUCACAGCUUUCAGUGGCCUUUUCGCUCCUUAUUGGAUUGACGAUGCUCACGGAACAAUGUUCGGCAUAACCCACCACACCGAACGCGGCCACAUCGCCCGCGCCACGCUCGAAGCCGUCUGUUUCCAAACAAAAGCCAUCCUCAACGCCAUGGAGCAAGACAGCGGGCACAAACUCAGCGAACUCAAAGUCGACGGCGGCAUGAGCAAUUCCGGUCUCUGCAUGCAAACCCAAGCCGACCUCGUCGGUAUCCCCAUCGUGCGCCCCAAAAUGCGGGAAACCACCGCGUUGGGUGCCGCUAUCGCUGCGGGCUUCGCUGUCGGGGUUUGGAGGGAUUUUGAGGAACUUAAGGAGGUUAAUACGAAGGGGGAGACGGUUUUUGAGCCGAAGAUGGGGGAGCGCGAGAGUAGGAGGAUGUUUAAGAAAUGGGAGAAGGCGGUGCGGAUGUGUAGGGGUUGGUUGAGUGAGGAGGAGGGGGAGGAGGAGGAGUUGGCGAAGCUUUAG